AUAAUGCAGGGAAGUUUUGCUUUGCUCCUGGUGGGACUCUAUUUCCACAUUGCAGAUGGUGUCUUCCCAGAAGCAGAAGAGAACCCCAAUUUCUGGAACGAGCAGGCAAAAGCUGCCCUCAAGACAGCCCAGAAGCUAGAGCCCAUCCAGACCUCAGCAAAGAACCUUAUCAUCUUCCUGGGGGAUGGGAUGGGAGUGCCCACUAUAACGGCCACCCGUAUCCUGAAAGGAAAUCUGAAUGGAAAUCUGGGACUUGAAACCCCACUGGCUAUGGAUGGGUUCCCUUAUGUGGCUCUGUCCAAGACAUACAACGUAGACAGGCAGGUCCCGGACAGUGCGGGGACAGCCACUGCUUACCUCUGUGGGGUGAAGGGCCACUUCGAAACCAUUGGAGUCAGUGCUGCUGCCCGCUUCAAUCAAUGCAACACCACGUGGGGCAAUGAGGUCUUCUCAGUCUUGAAGAGAGCCAAGGAAGCAGGAAAGUCAGUGGGAGUGGUGACCACCACCCGGGUGCAGCAUGCUUCACCCUCGGGCACCUACGCCCACGUGGUGAACCGGAACUGGUACUCAGAUGCUGACAUGCCUGCCGAGGCCCUGGAGAGUGGCUGCAAGGACAUUGCUUCCCAGCUGGUUUCCAAUGUGGACAUUGACGUGAUCCUGGGUGGAGGCCGCAAGUACAUGUUUCCAGAAAAUACCCCUGAUCCUGAGUACCCAACCGUUGGCAGUGAGAAUGGAAUUAGGAAGGAUGGUCAGAACCUUGUAGAGAAAUGGCUGAACCACAGCCAGGGUGCCAAAUAUGUGUGGAACCGUGAACAGCUACUGAGUGCAGCAGCAGACCCCACAGUGACACGGAUCAUGGGGCUCUUUGAACCCAGGGACACCAAAUAUGACAUACAACGCAAUACUUCUGAAGACCCCUCCUUGAGGGAUAUGACCCAGGUUGCCAUCCAAAAGCUUAGCCUAAAUUCCAAAGGCUACUACCUCUUUGUGGAAGGAGGCCGAAUUGACCACGGCCACCACGAUGGCAACCCCCACUUGGCCUUGACCGAAGCUAUCAUGUUUGACUUAUCUAUUGAAGAGGCCACUCAGCUGACUAGUGAAAAGGACACUUUGAUUGUCGUCACUGCAGACCACUCCCACGUCUUCUCCUUCGGUGGCUACACCUACAGAGGCAGCUCCAUCUUUGGACUGGCUCCCAACAAGGCACAAGAUAGGAAAGCAUAUACUUCCAUCUUAUAUGGCAACGGACCUGGCUAUAGCCUGUUCUAUGGUAGUAGACCAGAUGUCAACGACACUGUCAGUGAGCAAGUAUCCUAUAGGCCACAGGCAGCUGUGCCCUUGAACUCAGAGACUCAUGGAGGGGAGGACGUGGCCAUCUUUGCAAGAGGUCCUCAAGCCCACCUAUUCCAUGGAGUGCAGGAGCAGACCUAUGUGGCUCAUGCAAUGGCCUUUGCCGCCUGCCUGGAGCCCUAUCAGGACUGCGGGCUUCCAGCCCCUGAUGUCACCCCCGGGGAUUCGGGAUCCUUCCCCCGGGCAACGCCAUCCUUUCUGCUGCUGAUCCUUGCCUGGCCUCUCUUGCUCUUAGCAAUUCAGCACUGAUCAGGACCAGCCAACUUCACCCUCCCUUCCUCCCCCUUCCAGUGACUUCCCUGGGGUUGCUGGCUCCUGUCACUGUGAGGGGGCCCCCCCGGACUCCUGACGAGUCCCCUCCAGGGACAUGACAACUGCCAAUAAAUAAAUAGCAAUCCAA